AUGCAAUCUCUGGCCAAUUUCAAUUGUCGCACCACGUGCAAACAUCGUGAAUGUCAACGUCACGCCAAUUUGGGUGUUAUCGAUCAAAAUCUAGAAUGUGAAUGUGUUCGCGACGAUUUAAAUGUUUCCUCGAUGUUUUUGGAAAAUCUCAUUGAUAUCUCUCAUAGCUUGGCCCAAAUAAUGAUUCUAUGUGGUAUACACGAAUGUAAAGCCAAAACAUCUGUGGAUAUAAUCACCUAUUCGUUCCUCCACUACGAUUUGGUCUGCUACUGUCUAGAUGCCAAGCCGACAAAACGUUUACGCAAGGAGGAUAUUUUUCAUGAAUUGGGUCGAAAGUGUCUUAUGAAUCGGGUGGAGGCCCACUUGGCCUAUACAAUAAUAAAACGUGGCUUUAAGGCAUUCUACUAUCGGCCACAUGACGAGAAAUCCGAGAAACCUUCAUUCUCCGAAGAAUGUCUUUAUGUUCAUGCGGCAAAGAAAACAGCAGAAUCCUAUGCCCAAUUCGAUGGUUUGAGUUGUGAUGAACAACGCGGGGUGGAGGCCAAAAUUAAGGUGAUCUAUAAGAAAUUCUACGAUCGCAUGCAAUCACGAAAAGCCAAACCCGUUAGUGGAGAAUGUAAUUGUUGUUUCUGUACUAAGAAUCGUGGUCAUUUGAUUUACACCAAACCACCACCAUGCUCGGUGCAGAAACAACAGAAAGAUUCCCCUAAAAAGCCUCACUCCUGCCCCCAUUGCUGUAAACGUAAGACGGUACGUAAAUUUAUCCAUGGCAAAGCGAUACAGGCCACAUGUCCCGUCUGUCAUCGUUCACGUAAAUUCUGCUCCUGUGCCAAAUAUGAUUUUCGAAUUGAAUGGGUCAACAGUAUAUGGGAUAGACCUGAUAUGCAUCUUUAUUAUGAAGAGAAUAUUGCCAAGGUGCCGCAGAAGCCAUUGGGUGGAUGUAGACCUCAGGGUUCGGAUCAUGAUCAUGAGGAAGAUGUUGGAGAUACUGUGGAAGCCGAUGAAGUUGUUGUCGACGAAGAUCAAGAUUUGAAUGAGGAUGAAGGUCAGAUUGUUGAAGGUGAACAAAACAAUGAAGAAGCGGAGGAUGCUUAG